AUGCCAAAAAUAUGUUCAUCUAAUCCUGGAAAUGAAAUAGAUAAAUGUUUUAAUCAAAAUGAACCAUGUGGUCAAUUUAAAGGUCGCAGAAAUAGUGAAUCAAUUCUUGAAGCAGUUGAUUUAGAAUGUCCAAUUGAAGAUGAUGUAUAUGCACCAAUAUCAGGUGAAUUAUCAUAUUAUAAACCAUUUGGUGGUGAGGAACAAUAUAAUUGCCUUGAUCAUGGAAUAAAAAUUGAAGGAACUGGUCAAUGGACAGGAUAUUAUGUUAAUGUAUGGCCAGUAACUCUUGAUAAAUAUGGUGGUAAAGUAAGUGCUGGUGAAAAAUUAGGAAAAUCUGGAAGUUUAGAUUGUAAUAUAGAAGUAUCACAAAGAAGUGCCAAAAAUCAUAUUAGAAUUGAAUUAUUUAAAGAAGGAAAACCAAUAGAUCCAACAUAUCAUAUGCAAGAUUGUAUGUGUACAGGAUGGAUUUGUGAAACAAAUCCUAAUAAUAAUAUUAUUGGUGAAGCAUUUAAAUCAGACUCAAGAUAUAAUGGAGUCAGAGGAUGGGAAUUAGAAUGUCCAAAUGCAAUUGAAGAUGAUUAUGGUAGUGAUGAGGUUGAAUUUAGAUCACCAGAUAUUUAUUCACCAAUUGAAGGUAAUAUUAUUGGAAGAACACGUCUUAAUUUUGAACAAGGUAUUUAUGAAGGAUGUGAUAAUGAAGGAAUUUUUAUAACCGGAUCUGGACAAUGGUUAGAUUUUGAAGCUAAACUUUAUAAUGUACGUUAUUAUGAACAUUUAAAAUUUGGUACUAAAUAUAUACAAAAAGGAAUGCCAAUUGGAAGACGUUUAAAUUGUCCAAAUUCUCCAGAUUCAAUAUUUCUUGAAUUAAGAUUUCAGGGAAAAUUAAUUAAUAUAACUGAUAUUGUUACAGCCGACUCAUGUAAAAUGCCCAAUUUACCAAUAUUUUAA